AUGAAUCCCAACGUUGGAAUGGCAAACAUGACGCCCAUGGGUGGUGGCCCAGUUGGCGGCGCACCGAUGCCCAUGAUGAAUAAUGGCGCUAUGAAUCCUCAGAUUGCCGCUGCGGCUGCGGCACGGCAGCAGCAAGCCAGUGAGAACCAGCGCGGCGUUCUCAACACAUAUAUCUACGAGUAUUUCCUCAGGCACCAGAUGUACGACUGUGCCCGCUCCCUCCUCAACAGCGACCAGCAGGUCAACGUCAACAAGGACGCCGCUGGCCGUCGCGAAAACGGCAACGCAAUGAACGGUGUUGAUGAUCCCAUGGACACCGACUCCAAAGACGACGGUGACUCCAAGUUGCCAGACGACCUGCCUCCGCCUAAGCUGCCUAUGCCCGCCUCUGAUACGUCGUUUCUUUACGAAUGGUUUUGCGUCUUCUGGGACAUCUAUACUGCCCCACGCGUCAAGGGCGGGAGCGGCAUGGUGAAUCAAUAUGUUCAGCACACUCAGCAGCAACAGCGAAUGAAGCAGACCCAACAACAGGAGAUGCUACGUCAAAUGCGCCCUGAUUUGGCGCAGCAGCAAUAUCAAGCCCACUUCAUGAGAAACAUGCAAAACAACAACAUGGCCAUGACCAUGAAGCAGAAUAAUCUUGCUCGGGCGGCUAUGGCCAAUAACCAAAACCCUCAAAUGCAGAUGCUUCAAGCAAAGAAUCAAAUGCAGCGAGAUCCUUCUAACAUGGACGGCAACCGGGAUCGGCCAUCGUCUCCCGCCUCGGGAGAGAAUGCGCCCUCUCCUUCAAAACGCCCACGCCUCGACAGUGCGCCGUUCAAUGCUAACCAGCCCGGCGCCAUGAUGGCAAAUGGCCGUCCAGGCCAAGUCAUGCCCGGCCAGCAAAUGGGUAAUGUGGCCAACGCUCAGCAGGUGCUCGCCGCCAACGGCAUCAACCCCGCGCAGCUCAACCCGCAGCAGAUGCAAAACUUUGCCAAUACGCCACCUGCGGCACAGCACAAGUCUAUUGCAACCUACUCCCAAAACCUUCAGCAGCAUCACGGCAACCAAAUGGGCAACAAGCAGAUCCCCGGCGUAGGAGGACCUCAAAACCAGAGCUCGCCCAUGAUGCCACAGGGCCCUGACGGCAACGCCCUCAACGCAUUCUACAACCCUGAGAUGAAUGGCCCCGGCGGUAUGCGACCAGCAGGCCCAGCAGGCGCUCAGGCAGCCGCUGCCGGGAGCAACCACGCCUUGCAGGACUAUCAGAUGCAGCUGAUGUUACUUGAGCAGCAGAAUAAGAAGCGCCUAAUGAUGGCCCGUCAAGAGCAGAGCGACAUGGGUGGAAUCCCCCGAGAUGGCCAACCUGGCGCCCCCGGACCCAACGGACAGCCCUUCCCAGAUACCUCGCCCCAGGCAAUGAGGUCCGGAACCUCUCCCAACCCCGCGGAACAGAUGAAGCGCGGCACACCCCAGAUGAACAACUCCGGCAUCCCCUCGCCUGUUCCCGAUGGUGGACAGUCGCGCGAGUCGCCCAACGCCAUGAACUUCCUGGGCAACCACGUUGACGUCAGCAUGGCACCUCACUUCUACAAGGGAGUAGAUGGAGGGAACAUGGGACAGGCCCAGAUGAACGGCAUGCGUCCGCCCAGCUCACACCCUGGCCAGCCAUUCAACGGCCCGAUGAAUGCGCAGAUGAUGGCUGCCCGACAGCAGCAGCAGAACGCUCAGGGCAACCCACAGCAGUGGCAACCUGGAAUGAAUGGCCAGAUGGUGCCUCAGGGAAUGCAGCAGGGCCAGCAAGUUCAGGGGAAUCCCCAGCAGCGAUCUAUGCCUCCUCCCUCGGCACCGGCGGCCGCGGCGGCCAACGCAAACAACAGGACAACUGCGUCGCCCCAGCAGGCUUCGGCAGCGCCUCCCACGCCUAGCCAGACCAACAAAGCUGCACCCAAGAAGAAGGACACCAAGAAUGCCAAGGACAAGCGAGCCGCUGCACAGAAGAAGACGAAUCAGAACCUCAACAACGCCGCCGCCGCCGCCGCCGAGAACAACGCGGAAGGUGACGCGGCAGCACCAGCUACCCCCAUCACUCCCGUUGUCGGCGGAGCCUUCAAGAACGGUCAAGCCGGAGGCCCCGUGCCUAACGCAACUGCCGCCGCCGCGACUACAGGAAUCCCCGCCCCGGCUGCCGCCGCCAGUGCGCCGGUGCCGCAGCAAGCUGCCCCCGUGCCACAACCCACUCACGAUCUUACUCAGAAUAACGGUCUGGGCGGUAUGGACAACUUCACUAUACCGGAUUUCGGAAUGGAACUGGCCAACCCACUCCACUCUGACAAUGUGCUCAAUGACUUCGAUUUCGACUCAUUCCUGAAUGAUGGUGAUGCCAACAAUGAGCCGUUCGACUUCGCUGGAGGAUACUCGGGGCUGGAAGGCGGCGAGAUCAGUGCGGAGUAG